UGUAGUUUGUUUGUGCUGUGAAAAUGCAUGUAUGCACACACAAGAAUCACAAUUGAACUAAUUAGACUUAUUAGGACCGCUGCUCGUCCGCUACAAUAACAGUGAUGGACUCAGUUAGUUCGCUUUUUCGCCAGGCGCAUGAGAAUGAAGAUGGCUACAUGCUUGCCGAGUCGAUUAAACCUGUGGCACCUGCACAUGAUGCUGGCCGUCUGUACAGCUUCCAGCGCAGUGUAAACGCUGUGAGCGUGUCCAAUGAACUCCGAAAUAAUCUCAUCUACAAAUCCUCCGUCCACUUCACGAAGGCUGAGCAGGCUGCCUGGGUCGAAUUAUAUACUGCUUACUGGAAGGCUGUAUGCGAGCUACUUGCAGUCGAAGAGGCUGUGAAUCAGCGAAAGAAAGCGGAUUGGAAGAAGGUCUUUGACGCGUGGAAAGAGGUCGUCAACUCUUUACUCCGAGGGUACACUUCAAGUGCGUUCGCUGCGUGGACAAUUCCCUGUCUUUAUGUUGCUGGCAAAUAUUUGCGAAACUUCGCGAUCAAGGCAGAUGAGCAGCUUCGACGCGUUGAGGGCAACGUAAACUACAAUGAAGGCUUCCAAGAUGACGUGGUGGGAUCACUUGGCAAGAAUGACUGCCUGCAAGACGCUGCAAGACAGGUCAACCGUAUAUUCAGUGUGUGUAUCACGGAUAGGGCCCCAAUCGAGGCUUCUCGCAAAUGGGGCCUCUACUACGUGACAAAUCUGUUAUUCCGCAUAUAUUUUAAGCUCAACUCUUUGAAUUUGGCCAAGAAUCCAUUGCGGUCGUUAGCUGCAUCGGCAAUGGACAUGCCACCUCUGGAAGCCUUUCCAAAAUCGCACCAAGUUACAUUCAACUACUACGCCGGCGUGAUUCACUUCCUCGAGGAGGACUACAAAAGGGCGGAAGAGUAUUUAACCAAAGCAUGGAACAUGUGUCACAAAAGAGCAACAAAGAAUAAGGAACUCAUUCUCAUCUAUCUCAUCCCCUGCCACCUCGUCACCACCCAUACUCUUCCCACACAAGAUUUUCUAUCAAACUAUCCACGUCUUGAACGCUUGUUUGGACCUUUGUUAGCGAGCAUCAAAGGUGCGAACCUUGCAGAAUUUGACGCCGCGAUGCAAGCGGGCGAGGUCGAGUUUGUCAAGCGUAGAAUUUAUCUCACCCUUGAACGUGGAAGGGACAUCGUCAUCAGAAAUGUCCUGCGCAAAGUAUUCAUCCUCGGCGGCUUUGACCCUCCAAAGGAAGGCCAGACUCAACCUGUCCGUCGAACACGAGUCCCUGUGGAAGAAUUUGUGGUCGCAAUAAGGCUAAGUCUGGGCCAGACGAAUGGAGACGCGCUAGAUCGGGAUGAGGUGGAGUGUAUGAUUGCAAAUAUGAUAUACAAGGGCCUGAUGAAAGGAUACAUCUCGCGUGGACACAGAAUGGUCGUGUUGAGCAAAGGCAAUGCAGCAUUUCCCGGCACAGGAGUCUAAAGGAAGGAUCCUCCUGCACAUCGAGGUACUAGGCCUUCUCGAAUACCCGUACUAGAUUUUGGCCCGAUCAGCAAGCGGCCUCAACAUACCUUGCUUAGUGUCGAAGCGAUCACUCUGGAGACGUCUCUAAGGAGCCCCUGCUGACCGUACAACCGAUGGACUAGCCUUGCUUGUACAUUCACUCGCGAUGCAUCCAGUCGAACCUCUUGACUCAACUCUCGCGACACGACGUAUCGCAAACUUAUCUUCACGAUCCUCAGGAAGGCCAUCCUAGCAGUGGUCUAAUACCAUAGUUGCCGUUCCUUCUGCAAAGUACUCAGCCGUAUGUCUCCACGUCACUGGACGCUUUAUCCGCCUCGAACCCCGUUUUAGCUUCCUCGACCCGGUCGCCACGCUUGGCAUAGGAUGUGCUAUGAGUCACACCCUGCGUCGUGCAUCGAUCGACUUAAUGUAUCUUGACUUUGAUUGGCACGAAGACUGGAAGUUCACAUCCCCCCCCGCGGGGCCCGAAAUAAUGGUAGCUCUUGCAUGACCCAGACUUAGCUUGCAUACGUUUCCCCAAUCUAGUCAUCGAUUUCGACGACCUCUCCCGAUACUGAUAGGCGUGGCUUUGCGAACUCAUCACCGUCCUCCGCCCUUUUGUAUGUGUACGCCGUUGUUGCAUGUGGGAUCGUUUUCAUGCUGAGGUGACUUCGAUAACGAGAAAGCGUCAAAAUUUUAUUAGAGGAGUAUUGUGGGAUUGAAAAGAAAGGAAAAACAAGCAAAAUAGGAAUUUCUGCUAAUUGACUUUUGUAGAAGUGAACUUUUUUUUUUAAAUGUUGAUUCCGGACUACAGUCUGGGCUAGAAUAACAGAGCUGUCGAACCGCACCGAAGCC